AUGCCUGUCAGUAAACCCGCUGCACCUUUCCAACCUCCUUCAUCGGAAGGCAAGUGUGACAUCCCGGAAUGGGAGAUUCCGCCUGCCACUCAACUGGACCACGAUUUUGCGGAACUCCAUACGCUCGACUUGUCGUUGCUGGACUCUGACGACCCGAAAGUGGUUGAUGAUCUUGUUCAGAUGGUAAAGACAGCGAUCAAGGAAGAUGGAUUCCUGUAUGUGAAGAAUUACGGAGUUUCCAUUGAGCAGCUUCAUCGUCAAUUUGCUAUCGCACAAUAUAACCACCGGAAUAUCUCCGAGGAAGAGCAAGAACGCCUCUUAUGGCAUCCGGAGACAGGUGUUUAUUCAGGAUAUAAACGUCCUUAUGGUUGGAAGAGAGAAAAGCAAGCCUUGGAUGGAAUCAAACACUUCAACUUUUACAAACCCGAAUUUGACGAGAUUGACCGCAUCCCGGAAUGUAUCCACCCAUUCUUCGAUGAGAUUACUGCGUUCUGCAAUUACAUGUCCAAGUCAGUGAACCGAAGACUCUUGACGAUCCUUUCCCGAGUUCUUGAGUUGGACGAUGAGUUCAUUUGGAGAACGGCGCAAUCAAAGCAAGGUCCUACUGGCGAAGGAUAUUUCCGACACGCCUUGUUCCAACCUUUGGCUUCCGAAACGAAAGAGCUGUCCAAAGGUCUCAGGAUGCACGGUCAUUGUGACUUUGGAAUGUUGACUCUGUUGUUCUCUGUACCUGUCAGUAGUCUGCAGAUUUGGGGUGCGGACGAGAGAUGGAGGUAUGUCAAGUAUGAGCCAGGAGCGCUAGUUGUCAACCUCGGUGAAACAUUGGAAAUCCUCUCUGGCGGUCAUUUCAAAGCUACCAGACACAGGGUCUUUGAGCCACCUGAAGACCAAAGAGCGUUUGAAAGACUGUCCCUCGUUAUAUUCCAAAGCUCAAUCGGCGAUUUGAUGAUGCAGCCUGCAAUGGAGUCACCUCUGAUUCAGCGAGAAGGAUUUGUCAACUACCAAGGGUGUUUCAAGGAGUACAAGCGAUUCCGUGAUGCUGGGAUGCCUGUACCUUCCAACCGACAGUGGCGAGAAGGGCAGAUCAAAGAUGGUAGAGAGGUCACAGACGUUGUCAACAAUCAGGUCGGUAAAGAUAGAGUUGAGAUCAACGGCAAAUUGUUCUCGAAAAGAGAGUUUUUUGGUAUGACUGUUUUACUUCCAGUCUGA